AUGUCUUCCUACGACAAGUCCCGGGCUUCCAGCGGGAAGGCCUCGUCCUUCUUCCACCGAUCGAAGAACAAAGCCGACAAACGAAGUGCGGGCGAUGACGGCCGGCACCUCUCCGCCGAUAACGACGCCGCGAGCUCUGUGAAUUCGCGCCAUUCGCACCAUCGACGAGAAUCAUCCGUUGUAUCAUUAGACCGCCCGAGCUCGGCCGGAUCCGGCAUCAACAUGAUGGCCGGUGUAAUAACGACGAUCCCAUAUGAGAGCGUCAGCACGGACGGCCGCUCGCCGGUCCCCGUUGAUUUCCUGCCCCAGGGCGAACAGGUUCCCGGCCGAAGAGAGCCGCUGCCUCACCAGCUGAACAAGGCGACGAGCGACUUCCACCAGUAUCCGACCUUCGACCCAUCAACAGUUCGCCCCACCAGCCCUUAUAUGUCCGGACCACGUCCGCCACCCUCUGCCAACGUCACAAUGGCUAGUACUGGCCGCCAGGCCCAAUACCAACAAUGGGGCCCGCCCAGAGACAGCAGCUUGUCAGGGUCUUUCAAUUCCCGAUACAACUCGUACAUGACCUCCGGAGGGCGUAAUUCGGGCGACAAUGCAAGCAUAGUAUCAGGUAAUGGAGGACCCUACUUUGAUCCGGCCGCAGCCCAUCGCUCAUCCAAAGUAGCACUACCUAGUGCCUCGUCCCAGUCCUCCUUCUUGUCCCCUCAUUCGCCCAGGGAUAAUCGCCUGACCAAGUUUCCCACCGGAUAUCAGACGAGCGAGGGCUUCUAUUUCCCGAAACCCGAGGACGACAACGUGAUCGAGCAGAUGUUCCUGGCGUUGAUGCAGAAACGUGGAUGGCACAAUCUUCCGGAUCAAGCUAAACGCCAAAUGAUCGCGUAUCCCGCAGCGAAGAAGUGGACUCUCAUCUACCAGGAUCGCCUCACAGAGUGGCAGGGGGAACAGAAACGCAGGCACACUGCUAAGGUUGGCCAGUACAGCAAUGUCGACCUCACUCAGAUGCCGGACGAAGAGGGCAGUCCCGAAUGGUAUGUCCGCAAGGUCAUGGAGAACGCGCUCGACAGCAAGGGGUUUCUCAGUCUGGAAGUCAACCUGCGGACGCAGCAAAUCGGCUGGGUAAAGCGCUUCAUUGAGUGCCAGGGCCAAGUGGCUCUGACCAACGUACUCAUGAAGAUCAACCGCAGGACCGCCAUGGGUCCGGCGCCAGAGUCGGGGAAGGGAGACAAGAACCUGGACCGGGAGUACGAUAUCGUCAAGUGCCUCAAGGCAUUGAUGAACAACAAGUUCGGGGCAGACGAUGCGCUGGCGCACCAGCAGGUUCUUGUGGCCCUAGCCACGUCCCUCGUCUCACCCCGGCUCACGACGAGAAAGCUGGUCAGCGAAGUCUUGACCUUCCUCUGCCAUUGGUCCGAUGGGAAAGGGCAUCUGAAGGUGAUCGAGGCUAUGGACGUAGCCAAGAAUCAGCAGGGAGAAAACGGCCGGUUCGAUGCCUGGAUGCGCCUCGUCGAAGUCACUAUCGAUGGACGAGGGAAGAUGGGCAGCCUUGUCGGCGCAAGCGAGGAGGUACGGAGCGGCGGUAUUGGUAUGGAGAACCUGUUGAUGGAAUACGCCGUCGCGACGCUCAUCUUGAUCAACAUGUUGAUCGAUGCCCCCGAGAAGGACCUCCAGAUGCGUAUGCACAUCCGGGCGCAGUUCACAGCGUGCGGCAUCAAGCGCAUGUUGACCAAGAUGGAGGCCUUCCAAUAUGAGCUCAUCGACAAGCAGAUUGAGCGGUUCCGGACCAACGAGGCUAUCGACUAUGAGGACAUGCUCGAGCGGGAGAAUAGCAGCAUCAAGGACAGCGUAGACGGAGAGGUUAGGGACCUCAACGAUCCGGUCCAGAUCGUAGAUGCGAUCCAGCAGCGGCUGAAGGGGACCAGAACCCAAGACUACUUCAUCUCGGCUCUGCAGCAUCUGCUCCUUAUCAGGGAGAACGACAGCGAGGAGCGCCUGCGCAUGUUCCAGCUCGUCGACUCAAUGCUGAGCUACGUGGCGAUGGACCGGCGCCUGCCGGAUAUGGACCUCAAGCAGAGCCUCAAUUUCACCGUGCAGAGCCUGCUCGACAAGCUGCAUACGGACUCGGAGGCCCGCCAGGCCUUUGAAGAAGCAAGCGAGACACGGCGAAUCGCCGAGGCGGCACUGGCGGAGAGGGAUGAGCUUCAGGAGAAACUGGCAUUGGGCGCGGAUGGGUUGGUUGCGAAGCUGCAAAAGCAAAUCGACGAGCAGGCGAGGUUCAUCGAAGCGCAGAGGAGACAAGCCGAGGGCCUCAAGUCAGAGCUCGAGAACUUGCAGACCCUCAGAGCCAAGGAGGCACAGCGGUACGAGCUCGAGACGCGUGAGUUGUAUCUCAUGCUUCGCGAUGCACAGGACGUCGCAGCGUCGAAUGCGGCCAAGGGGACAAAACUGGGCGACGACGACCCGGCCCACAUGCAGGGCAUUCUGGACCGGGAGCGGCUCAUGGAGCGUCUCCAGAUGCAGCUCGAGCGUCAAAAGACGGUGUACAAGCUGGAAGGCAAAGUCUGGGGCGAAGCCGUUGGGCCGUCGGACCGGUUGCGCGCCCUGCGGGAGGAGAUGGACGGCUAUGGAGACGGGGGCCUCGGGGCUGGCAGCCCGCCCAGGGACUUUGCCAACAGUAUGCUCGGCAGCGUCAAGAGAUCGACACGCAUCCCCAGGAAACCCGUCCGCUCUCGGGAAGCGGCGGGGAGCGUCUCAGAAGAGGUCGAAGAUACAGCGGAGGACGAGGAGGGCGUCAUCUACGAGAAGCCUCGGCUGGUCGAACUCAAACGGCCCGUUAUGGAUCCCAAGAAAGCCGCUGCUAUGUUCAACGAGCUUCAGGACAACGUCAAGAAAUACGAUGCCAGCGAUUCGGAGGAAGGGGACGGUGUUACUACCGGACCCUCUCAUCCAAGCCUGGAGUCGCAGACUCCUCUUACGCCGAGCGAACACGAACCACCCAAGAUUGAGGUCACCGACACGACUCCGUCUGCUCCACCUCCGCCAGUCUCAGGCGGACCUCCGCCGCCACCUCCGCCGCCAUUGCCCGGCCAAAUUCCAGGAGCGCCUCCCCCGGCCCCUGGUGCACCUGGUGCGACAGGCGCGCCUCUCCCGCCCCCUCCGCCGCCUCCGCCGCCUGGCGGCAAGCUCCCUGGUGCGCCACCUCCGGCACCCCCGAUCGCGGGCGGACCCGCCCCUCCACCCCCACCACCGAUGCCCGGCAGGCUUCCCGGCGCACCGCCUCCAAUGGGCGGGGCACCGCCGCCGCCGCCUUUGCCCGGAGCCAAGGGUAUGCCUCCGCCGCCGCCUCCACUACCCGGUGCAAUGUCGGGCCAUUUCUUGUCUCGGCAAGUGGACAUCACGCCAUCGCCAUCGCUCGGUUUGUCAAUUGUCCGGCCGAAGAAGAAGCUCAAGGCGCUCCACUGGGAGAAGGUCGAUUCACCGCUUACCACCCAUUGGGCCGCACACGCGCCGUCGGUGGAGGAAAGGGAAGAGAAGUAUCUCGAGCUCAGUCGGAAGGGUAUCCUCGACGAGGUCGAAAAGCUGUUCAUGGCCAAGGAGACAAAGCAGCUGGGCCAGGGUGGAGCUAAGAAGGACGACAAGAAGCAGAUCAUCUCGAACGAUUUGCGAAAAGCCUUCGAAAUCGCCCUGGCCAAGUUCUCGCAGUAUUCUGUUGAGAGGGUCGUGCAGAUGAUCAUUCACUGCGACAGCGAAGUCCUCGAUAACUCGGUGGUCCUGGACUUCCUGCAGAAAGAGGAGCUCUGCAAUAUCCCUGAUAAUACGGCCAAGCAAUUGGCGCCGUACAGCAAGGAUUGGACAGGCCCGGAGGCGAAUAAGGAGAACCGGGAGCAAGACCCAUCCGAACUGACUAGGCAGGACCAGAUCUACCUGCAAACCGCGUUUGAACUACGGCACUACUGGAAGAGUAGGAUGCGGGCUCUCUCCAUGACACGCACCUUCGAGCCCGACUAUGACGAGAUCACAGAGAAGAUGCGCCACGUCGUUUCCGUGUCCGAGUCGCUUCGGGACUCGGUGGCCCUGAUGAAUGUCCUCGGCCUCAUUUUGGAUAUCGGUAAUUACAUGAAUGACCCCAACAAGCAGGCCCGUGGCUUCAAGCUGUCUUCGCUUGCCCGGCUGGGCAUGGUCAAAGACGACAAGAACCAGUCGACACUGGCCGAUCUCGUCGAACGCAUCGUCCGCAACCAAUACCCGGAAUGGGAGCAUUUCAUCGAGGACAUAUCUGGCGUCAUGACGGCGCAAAAGAUCAACAUCGAGCAACUGCAGGCGGACGCCAAGAAGUACAUCGACAACAUCAACAACGUGCAGAGGGCGCUCGACUCGGGCAGCCUCUCGGACCCCAAGAAGUUCCACCCGCAAGACCGCGUCGCUCAGAUCGUGGGGCGGUGCAUGAAGGAUGCACGGCGCAAGGCUGAGCAGAUGGAGGUCUACCUGGAGGAGAUGAUGCGCACGUACAAGGACAUCAUGACCUUCUACGGCGAGGACCCGACCGACGAGAACGCGCGGCGCGACUUCUUCGCCAAGCUGGCCUUCUUCAUCAGCGAGUGGAAGAAGUCGCACCAGAAGAACGUGCAGCUCGAGGAGCAACGGCGCAAGAACGAGGCGUCCAUGAAGCGCAAGAAUGCUGCGCUCAAGGCAGCACAGGCCGCCUCCGAGGGCCCCCUGGCCUCGCCAACCAGCACCGGCGCCAUGGACAGCCUGCUGGAGAAGCUCCGUGCCGCGGCGCCGCAGGCCCGAGACCAGCGCGACAGGCGGAGACGUGCUCGCUUGAAGGACCGGCACCAGGUGCGCAUCGCGUCGGGCCAGAAGAUGCCCGACCUCGACCAGCUACCGUCGGUCGAGACGGGCUUGCAAGGUGUCCAGAGCGCCGCCUCAGAAGGAGGGGCGUCUGCCGCCGCGGCGGGUAACGGAGAGGGAGACGGUGACAAGGCGAAAUCAGACCUCCUCAGCCCCACCGCAACGGCGAAUCAUCAGCCUGCUGAAGGCGGAAACGCCGCGGGAGGCGAAGAGGACGACGUCGCACAGCGUGCGGCGCUGCUCCUGCAGGGCAUGCGCAGCGGCGCGGACGGGACCGACGACCCGGCCGACGCGGAGAAGAGGGAGAACCUGCGGCGGUCGAGGCGGCAGACGGCGGACGAGGAGCGGAGGAUGCGGAGGCGGCGGCGCGAGCUGGCGCAGUCGAGCGCGAGUAAUGACGACAGGAACGGCGGCGGGACGAGUGUCAGCAGAGAGAGCUCGGUCGCUGCUGGUGUUGGCACUCACGGUAGUGGUGUUGGAGACGGCGAGGUGCCGCCUACACCCGGGUUGGAAGAGAUGGCUGCUGCCGCGGCGGCGGCCGGGGUUGAGAUGCCCGUGCCCGUGCCUGUGCCCGUGGACGGGGAAGGGCUGGCUGUGAAUGGUGGGAGUUGA